AUGUUUCUACCAAUUCAUGCAAAAGAACCCUCUCUCAAGAAACGCAGAACAUCACAUUCUAUAAAACUUUCUGGAUCUUCUCUAGAUUACAUUGAGACGCUUGCAUCGAAAGCGAAAUGCGUUUUUGGGAGGAGGAGCAAGCGUUGUGGUGAGCCAGAUGUUACUUCUUUCUUGAAAGGGUUGGGUAAAGAUGGUACAAAAUCGAUUCCUCUUGUGAAUCCUUCGUUCCAUGAUGUAUGGGAAGAGGUCAGGGCAAUUUUGAACUUGCCAGCAGAUUUGAAUCCCAAGUUUUUCAGCGAGAUCACCGACCUUGAAGCUCGCCUGCAAUUCAUAAAGAAGUUUCAAGAGUAUGCCUCUCCCGUGCUUGACCUUCUUAUGCAAAUCGUUGUAUCCAUAUUCGACUUAUUAGGUAAAACGCAUGAGGAGCAUUUGAAAUUUUUAGCUUACCUCUUUAUCGACGUUGACACGUUAUUGGAGGAGGCAAAGGCGGCAAAGGUAAACCUUGAUUGCAAUGGUACCCCUGAAAAUGGUGCUCCUCAAAAUGACAGUUGCAAUCGUGCUGAUGAAAAUGUCACCAGAAACUGUCAGAAUUUAAGUGGCAAUGGGUCUUCUGAAAUCCUCCAUGAUAAUGCAGAAAAAGAAAACGACUGUGUCAAUGGAAACAAAGAAAAUGCUGGAAACAAUGGUAGUGGGUCGAAAACCUUCAAGGGGAGAAGUACGAAAACGAACAAGUAUUCCCCCGAGAAAAUAAUGGUUGGGCUUGUCAAGAAUAGAAUGUUCAGAGACUGCAUAACUACACAGAUAAGGACCAAUCUUCAUGUACAAAGGAAAUUGAAAUACAUUGCCAGUGCUUUCCUUCCAGAUGUUCAUGAGGCAGGUUGUCUUCUAUUGAAGGCCAACCUGUCUAAACAAUCAUACAACGUGUUAUACAGGACGCUCGGACGUACAAAAAGAUUGGUUGUAUCAAUGAAAAAAAUUGGACGAGCUAGAGUUAUGAAGAAAAGGUGGUUGAAAGAUGCAUUGAAAGCCUUCAAGACUGACCAAGGAAGUUACGGAACGGAUCUAUUGUCAUCGCUGAAAAUGCAAGUGAAAAAGAAGGGAUUUCACAAGAAGAAACGCAUCAUUGUCAUUUUCAACACCGAUGCCACUGUUCUUGCAAAAUCUAGUGGAUGUGAUACAAAACAUACUGAAAUUACGUAUACUAUUAUCAUCCCAAGAGAUGAAUGUGACCCAGAUGAAUGGAAUGAAAUUGAAGCAUGCAUCAGAUCAGCAUUCGAUGCUGCAACUCUCAUGAUUCUGCCAGUCGGCGAUAACGCCAAGAACAUGAGGUUUAAUUUCUGGGAGCCCUACGAGCCAAAGAUCUUGGACUUGAUGCAGAAUGGUUUGCGGAUUGGUGACGAUGUCAUUGACGUAGAGGUCAUGUUCAGGGCAGAUCUUGCAGGUCAUUAUGGAUUGCUUGAGUUUGGAGGUGUGAGUGAUGCCUCCGGCAAGUUUUGCAUUCACUGUGAUGAGACUAAAGAAGCAAAAAAGGCGGGCAGGUUCAUCGUUCUUAAGCAGAAGAAAGAGGAGGAAUCAAUCACACUUCGACAAUUUUGCAAACGAUAUAAACUGCUUCCAUCUGACAUUGAACUCCUGAAUAAGAUGCUCAAUUGUCUGGCUGAAACCUCAGAUAUGACACAAUCUGGAUUCAUGGAUCCUGCAGACGUUGGAGAAGAUGUAUUCCAAACAUUCUUUGAACCAUGGAACCAGGAAGCGUUGAGAACUUGUUUCCAACACCCAGACAGCUUGAUCCCAGAUGGUGUAGUGUUGCCUUGCCUCCAUUUUUGUCAGAUUUUGAGAGAGUGCUCUCGUUUGAAAGAUGCCAAUCUCAGGACAAUUAACUUCAUUUACUGCAUGUUGCAUAUGAAGCUCCGCUUCGUGAACUUGUUGGUCAACUACAUUUAUGAGCUGGCAGCGAAUCAGUCGCAAGUGUCAGCUGUGAACAGAAUUCUCCAAUCGUUUCAUGUCAACAUGGAGAUGAAGGCGAAAGAUCAACAAAGACAGCUGAAUGGCAAGAUGUGCAAACGAUUCUUGAAAGCUUUCCCUGACCUUAUUGCCUUGCUGGUACCCGAUGAGGAUACACGUGAACAAUGGAAAGUAGCGAUGGAUCAAUGGACACAUGUGCACGACGUACUAUCUUGCCAGCACUACGAUAAAAUUUCGAAAUCAGAUGCAGAGGAACUGCCGACACAAAUCAGAAGCUUUUGUGUGAAGAUGAUCAACUUGGUAGGAGAUGCAAAACGACUGCAAAGUUUUUACUUCCACAGUAUGAUGAUCGGGCACAUCGGCGAGCAAUUCGAAUAUCUGUACAAGGAAUAUGGGAUUCCUCUUGGAUUGCUUAGCUUGUCGGCGAUCGAAAAACGUCAUGAAACACUUGGAAGAAGAUGUUUUAAGAAAGCUAUUCCGGAGAUUAACUUGUUUACAAGUGGCAAGAGCACUAGCAUUUUGCAACCUGACACAUCCAAGGAAGACUCCAAAGGAGCGCGUGCAUUUUACACACUGUUCAACCUUCUACUGCACUCGUUUGAGGGGUGUGACGAAAAGGAUCAGGGGGAUGCGGUGGUGAUGCAGGACUUGCAAAGUGCAGUAGCAGAAUUAUUCGAUGAUGAGGAUAUGAAUGACCUGUAA